UGAACCGCUCGUAGUGAUGGCGUUCAUUGCAUCGCCCUGGAGUCACUUCUGUCGCCUAGACUGCGCUCGCAGUCAUUCUUUCAUAGGCUAUAAUGUCUACAACAGAGCCGAGCCAGCAGAGUUCCCAGCCGGGCCCAAGUACAAGCAAUCGAACGCCCCGCGGUGCCGCCUGUAUGAACUGCCGCAGGCGUAAAUUGAAAUGCGACACUGCAAAACCUGUCUGCGGACAAUGCGCUCGUACAAAUAGGCAUGAUGAGUGCGAGUACAUGGACGGAUCAUCCGCCUCCAGGACCCAGGACUUGGAAACCAACCUCACACGCUUACAAGGACGGAUACAGGAGCUCGAGCAACAAGGAGGGACAACUGAAACCACAUCUAACUUGCCGCCUAUGUUCCCUGCAAAUCCCCCGUCUACUCCAUCGGAUGACCCUCCGACUGAGCUCGCCCAGACGCUGCUUCAACAUUUCCUACCCCAUGCCGACCAGGUCGGAUUCUUCCUGCAUAAGCAGCGCUUUAUAGCACUCGCUACUUCGCCUGAUGCACGGUACCGCGCGGCCAACCUCUCUCGAGCCCUGCUUUACGCGGUAUACUCAUACGGUGCUCACCUAUCCUGCAUCGAAGCCCUCACGGCUCACGUGCCCGCGCUUCUCAAUCGUGCGGUAGAGGCCGUCUCCGCUGAUCUCGGGGGUCCCAGGCGUUAUCCGUUGACGCAGACCAUCCAAGCCGAGGUCAUCCUUGCCAACUACUUCUUUUGCGUAGGCCGCCAGCUCGAAGGAAGGUAUCACUGCAGUGCAGCGGUGGCGCUGGUCCUCAGCGCGCAGCUGCACAAAAUCCGGUCCUUAUCUACCUCCGACUCUCAUUCGCCUCUUGCUCAGCCGUUUGAUCGCAUUGAAGAGGGGCAGAACAUCAAUGCGUUCUGGACUGUGUUUGCGAUCGACAAGGGGUGGUGUGUUGCCUCAGGUUCGCCUUCGCAAUUGGAUGGGUCUACUAUCGACACGCCAUGGCCAUUGGACAUGGAAGAGUAUGACCAACUGGGAUUGGCUCCUGAAGUUCGGGGAUCACAGACGGCGCACAAAUUCCUACAUGACUUGCCUUCGACCUCGACAGGGGGGACAUCCUUCCUCGCGUUACGAGUCAAAGCCGCUGCGUUAUGCGAGCGAGCAACGCGGCUUGCAACGGGUGUCCCGCAGCUGCCCGGCCAGCAACACGGAGCUCGCGCUGAGGAGGUGCAACUGCUGACCCGGGUCAUUGAUCAGUUUAUGGCAUCCUUGCCGAUGAUAAACUCGCUGCUCGAUACCAGAUCGAUGUGUCACUUACUGGCAAUACACACGCAGACGCACGCCGCAAUGAUCCUGCUCUAUCGUAGUACGGGGCAGGCCACGGGGACGAUCCCUGAGCGCUGUGUGAACGCUGCAAAGGCGGCGGCGGCGCUCGUGGGGCAAGUCAACCUCCAACAGUUGGACUACGUCGAUCCUAUACUAGCGCCUCUGUGGACCAUCGUCGUCCGCAUCCUCAUAGGUACGUGGCCUCUGUUACGCGGAAUGCAUGUUUCGACAACCGGCUCUGCGCAGCGCGGAUCCAGCCGCCGGGCUUGCUAGACGGCGAGCGCGACAGGAUACGUGGGUUAAUU